UCCGGCCCCUGCAGCCCGGCCAUGGAGCCCGCAGGCCCGGCGGGGGCCGGCUACAACGAGGCGCUGCUGCACAAGACCAUCCUGGUUGGAGACAGCGGCGUGGGGAAGACGUCUCUGCUGGUCCAGUUUGACCAGGGCAAGUUCAUCCCAGGCUCCUUCUCCGCCACUGUGGGCAUUGGGUUUACGGUGAUGUUACUCGGAGACUCGGGCGUGGGGAAAACCUGCUUCCUGCUGCAGUUCAGAGACGGGGCCUUUCUCUCCGGGACGUUCAUAGCCACCGUGGGCAUAGAUUUCCGGAACAAGGUGGUGGCCGUGGAUGGCGUGAAGGUGAAGCUGCAGAUUUGGGACACUGCAGGGCAGGAACGUUUCCGCAGCGUGACCCAUGCCUACUACAGGGAUGCCCAAGCCUUGCUCCUGCUCUACGACAUCACCAGCAAGAUGUCCUUCGACAACAUCCGCGCCUGGCUGACGGAGAUCCACGAGUACGCGCAGAAGGACGUGGUCAUCAUGCUGCUGGGCAAUAAGGCUGACGUGAGCAGCGAGCGGGCCGUGAGGACGGAGGACGGAGCCUCGCUGGCCAGGGAGUACGGGGUGCCCUUCAUGGAGACAAGCGCCAAGACGGGGAUGAACGUGGAGCUGGCCUUCCUCGCCAUCGCCAAGGAGCUGAAGCAACGAGCGCUGCAGCCGCCGGACGAGCCUCGCUUCCAGAUCCACGACUACAUCGAGGCGCAGCAGAAGAAAUCCGGCUGCUGCGCCUUCGCCUGAGAGCGGCGGGCAGGGACCUGGGCGCAGGCAGGGCUGGGGCAGAGCGGGGCCCAAUCCUGCCCCCCAGCACCCACGGGUGGGCCGAAGCACAGGAUGCAGGAGGAGAGACGUUACCCCAGUCUGGUGGGGUGCUGAGCAGGGGCCAGAUCCUGUCGCCCUAUGGGGUGGUGCCAGGGGCUCGCCGUGCGCCCCAACCGCAGCGUGACGCCUGCCAGCCCGAGGGUCGUGGCGAUGCCACCGUCACCCCAGCAGGACUCAGGAUACGGCCCCAUUGCCCGGCCUCUCCUCCCCUGCGGCCGUUCCUGCACUCGGUGUGCUCCCAUCCAGCUGGGAAGGCCGGAUCCUGCCCCGCUUCCCCCCUGCUUCCCCCCGGGGAGCCGCCAGAUCCAUCCCCGUGAUGGUGCCCAGCCCUGGCCGUGGCUCCUCGCCGGCACCUCCGGGGGUGUCCCCGCCUGCCCCCUGCCUGCCGCAGCUGGAGCCAGAGAUAAAGGAGCCCCCGGAGCCCCCGCUGACUUCGAGCACACGCGGCAGUUUGGAAAACCUUCAUUUCCCCCUCGUGCAGCUGUGGGAUUUGGAGACUUAUUUUUCUUUAUUUAAGGGAAAAGCUUUUUCCAUUUCAGCCCUUCCGGACCAAACCAGCUGCAGCCUCGUGCAGGCUGGGGUUGGGGCUCAAGUGGCUCUUGGUGGUCUGGAAAUCUUCUGCAGGUUGCCUGGGCCCGCGGUGGGUUGGGGGCACUCGUGUGUGUCCCAAAAUGAGCUCGGCAGGCUGCGGGGUGCGGGCAGCGAGGCUCGGGCACCGCGGGGCCGCGGCUCCGGCGCUCAGCAUCGCUCAGCACCGCGCCCCCCCAGCACCCUGUGCCACGCAGGGCAUCGGGACAGGGAAUAUUUGGGACGGGGAAUAUUUGGGACAGGGAAUAUUUGGGGUGCUGCUCGAGGUGCUGAGGGCAGCCGCAGGGCGCACAGCCCCGCUGCACGUGGGGGCUGCCGGGCACAGCACCCUGUCAGCAUCCUCCCUGCCCCGGUGCCUCCUUUGCCCCCGCUGUCCUGCCGGGUCUCUCUUUGCAAGUUUACAGAUUAAAGCUGGGUAUUUUUGAGGCUUUG